AUGGGCGAUGCUAUGCCACAGACCAACCACAUGACCAACUAUCAAUUCACGAUUGCUCUGAUGGUUUUCAUUGUGGCCUAUUGCAUCUUCGAAGCGCCUUCCAAUCUGGCAUUGAAGGUCUUCACCCCAAAUAGGCAUGUUAAGCUGACGCCUUGGAUGAAAUUAUGGCUCGGUUUUCUUGUCUUUUCCUUCGGUGCAAUUUGCUGUGGUAUCGCCGGAACGACCAACUUCGCCGGUGUCACUGCUCUCAGAUUCUUCCUCGGUGCCGCUGAAGCUGGCAUCUUUCCUGGCAUGAUCUUUUUCAUGUCCUUUUGGUACAAGCCCGAGGAACGCGCCACUCGAAUUGCAAUUUUCCUCUGCAGCGCAACUUUAGCUGGGGCUUUCGGAGGGCAAUGUCUUAGAGCGAUUGCUUACGGUGUCCGACAUAUGAAUCGUACAGCGGGCCUUGUGGCGUGGUGUUGGCUCUUCAUUAUCGAGGGUCUCCCAUCAGUCUUGGUUGGGAUACUCGUCUUUUUCUUCAUGCCAAACUAUCCAGAAAAUGCUAGCUGGCUUACACAGACCGAAAAGGCCAUCCAACGCCAACGUCUUGCCUCCGAAAAUAGUUCACACGGCGAAGCCAAGAUCAACUGGAAGGAUGCAAAGGCAACCCUCAAGGACGUGAAACUAUGGGUGCACUAUUCCACAUACCUCGCAGCUGGCAGCGGAGCUACAUCUCUUUCACUAUUCUCUCCCGUUAUCGUUGCUGGUCUCGGGUACCACGACUUGCGAGCCCAGCUCUUCACUGUCCCACCGUACGCGAUUGCCUACGUCGUUACGCUCGUGGUGGCUCUUUGGUCUGACAAUCGACAAAUGCGAGGGCACUUCGCCUGUGCCGGAUUUAGCGUCGCGGCAAUUUCUUUUCUCAUCCUUGCUGCCAUUCCAGGCACUCACUACGGUGUUUGCUACUUUUUCCUGAUCCUCGCCACCAGUGGCUGUUUCUCUGCUCUCCCUCCUCUGUGUACCUGGGUCGGAGACAACGCUCGUUCAACCACCGGAGGCUCUCUAGCCACGGCACUGAAUGUCGCUUCCAGUGGGCCUGGCCAGAUCAUUGGCAUUUGGAUCUAUCGCGCGCAAGAUGCACCCCUUCACAAGCUGGGGCAUGGAGUCAAUGCCGCGAGCCAGCUCAUUGGGGCGUCUGUCACCUUAGGCUUGUAUUUUCACUACAAGAAACUGAAUAGGAAACUUACAGGCACGAAUGCGACAAGGUGGAUUGCGUAG